GUGAGGAAUGUGCUGUGCUCUUUCCCGAGUUCAAUUCCAUCCAUGUUACAAGCAGUAAAUCAGUGGGGACUCCGGCAGCUCCUGUUCUGCCCUCUCCCUCAGGUAGUGGGUGCAGCCAGCGGGAUUUACGCCCAUGAUUCAGACUCACACAGCAGGAAGGGUUACAUCACCAGAGGGCAAACACUCUCUGCCGUUAGGUAGGGAGAAAAACCACAAAACCCCACCUGCUCGUCUUAACCCUCUUCUACACUCACCUGGGUUACUUACAGAGGACACUUUCUCAACCAACAAACCUGACAGGGUCUCUACUGAUAAGGAUUAUAAGACUCAGGUAAGAGACAAGAGUAGCUAGGCUGUUAAAUCCAGGAUUUAGAGAAUUUUCUGGGGAAGUGGCACCAGUUCGCUCUCUCAAGGUUGUUCACAGUGCUUCUCCCACUGCAGUUGAACAAGCCUCAUCAUGUCAGGAGAAACAGUGUCACAGUCUACAGGUAUCAGCCCUAGCCUGGCUUCCUGAUAGAGACAGACGUGUGGGUGUGGGAUACAGAUGCCCUGUGUACACAGCAGUACAGAGCUUUUUUCUAAGACGGUAGACUGCAUUUAGGCUUAAUCUCAGAAGUGAACCAAAGGACAUCAACAGGACCAGGUAAGAUGCCACUGAAGAUGUCUCUGUGCCGUAAGCCAGCCUCGGCCCGCUGGUCUAGGACCCAGAAGCGCAGGGAGGUGCUCUCUGUCAACAUGAUCAGCCUCCCAUUGGCCGACUUCUGCCACGUUGCCCACAUCGGGAACAAUGCCAGCAGUGACAGCUUCGGGGACCUGUCCUUUCUGAAGGGGGGCCACAGCCUGAUACUGCACAGCUCUCAGAGCGAACAUAACCUCUUCCUGGCCUGCUACCCUCCACCCAAACCCCCACGACUUAACCUGGGUGAGGCCGAGGCCCUAAAGAUCCCAGAGUGGACCAGGGCCCACUUGAGCCACAGCGCCUCAGAGAGGAGGAAGGAGUACCGAUCCUUGCCCAUGCUGGACAGUGAGGAGGGCGAGGGGGCGAUCGAGGCCAGUGUUAGCCCCAGCCACGGGGUCAUGGUCAGUAGCCACAGUCCUGGCCGGGGCAGUCUGAGCUCUGGCAGGGAUGGAGAUUCCACUCAGACCUGCCAUGAGAACACACUGCAGCUGGAUGAGGUGGACAACAGCUUCUCCUUCAGCCUGGACCUGGGCCCCUCCAUCCUGGACGAUGUGCUGCAGGUCAUGGACAGGCUCCACUAUUAGAGGAACAGCCAGACAAACAUGGGUCCUCAGCAAGAGACUUCACUGACAUAAUUAUAUGUGACUGGCAUUAGAACACUCUAAUCUGUCCUAGGAUAUGAACAGCUGACAUGAAAAAAAACUCUUGACUUAAAGAAACAAUGUCAGAACAUUUGAAACACCAUGGGGAUAUAAUCUCAAUCUUUGGAUUAGCUGACUGUGGCUGAAUUAUAUAAAAUGCAAUGGACUCAAAGAGUAAUGGAUGAGAUGUGGACAGAACUGUAACUACAAAGAGAUCCUCCUCCAUUUCAUGUGAGGUAAUCUAACCCAGUGGUUCCCAACCUGAGGUACGUAGUGCUUUCGGAAAGUAUUCAGACCCCUUGACUUUUUCCACAUUUUGUUACGUUACAGCUUUAUUCUAACAUGGAUUAAAUCAUCCCCCCCCUUCAA